AUGAUGCACUUCGGAGUCUUCGAGAGGCCGCAGUCUCGACAGUGGACGUCUGCAACCAAGAUCAAUGCGGUGGAGUGGCCAUCGGACUUGCGCAAAGUUGAUGAGAAGGCUUGCCAAAUCACUCUGCGCAAGAUGGAGGGUGGUAUCCAUGGUCUGGACUUCUCCGUGACGGCCCACACGGAAGUUGAUGGCAACGAGACCAUUCACGAGCCAGACAUCGGAGGCUGCCAAUGCAUGUGA